GGCUUGGCAUCCGCUAAACAGCCUGCAGGAGUGGAAGAGGAUGGCGGAGACUCCUGUGUGUGUUUGUGUCCCUGCUGUCCGAGAUGCUCCGGGGCACAGGAGAAGAUACUGCCACCACCAUGGAAGGGCUUGUAACCAUGUAUCAGGACUUCAUGAAGAAAGCAGACCCCCGCAUUGCGGAUUACCCACUGAUGCAGUCCCCGUUCCUUGUGAUGGGCAUCCUGCUGGCAUAUGUCUACUUCGUGCUGUCCCUGGGUCCCCGGCUAAUGGCCAACAGGAAGCCUUUAAACCUGAAGAAGUUCAUGGUGAUAUACAACUUCUUUCUGGUGGGACUCUCACUUUACAUAGUCUAUGAGUUCCUGAUGGCAGGGUGGCUUACUGGAUACACCUGGCGAUGUGACCCUGUGGACUUCUCACAGGACCCCAAGGCCCUCAGGAUGGUCAGUGUUGCUUGGCUCUUUGUCUUCUCCAAGUUCAUUGAACUGACAGACACGGUAAUCUUUGUCCUGAGGAAGAAGAAUGAACAGGUCACAUUCCUGCACCUCUUCCACCACUCUGUUCUGCCUUGGAGCUGGUGGUGGGGAGCAAAGUUUGGUCCAGGGGGAAUGGGCUCAUUCCAUGCUAUGAUCAAUUCCAUGGUGCAUGUUGUCAUGUACUUGUACUACGGGCUCUCGGCUGCAGGACCUGCCUUUCAGAAGUACCUGUGGUGGAAGAAACACAUCACAGCAAUCCAACUGGCACAGUUUGUGAUUGUCUCCAUCCACAUCUCCCAGUAUUACUUCAUGCCCAGCUGCCAGUACCAGUUCCCCAUCUUCAUCCACCUCAUCUGGAUUUAUGGGACCAUCUUCUUCAUCCUAUUCUCCAACUUUUGGUACCAGUCCUACACCAAGGGCAAACGGUUGCCUAGAGUGGCUCAGCAAGCAGCACAGCACAACGGUAGCAGCAUCCAUGAGAAUGGCACUGUCACCAAUGGCAAGGUCAAAGCCAACUAGAGGGCAAGGCCCUCCCAGAGCCAAUGAGAGCCCGGGGGCAGAGGCAGCUGGGACCUGUUCCCCUGCUCCUGGGUGUCACUAGCCAAGUCAAGUGCCUACAGACUGUUGUACCCCUGUACCCAGCCCUGCUGUCCUGUCUGCAUGCUCAGCCCCUCUGCUCUGAGCAGCCAUGGGUAACUUCUCCCAGGAGGGCUUGUGCUGUUCCUCAGUGUUGCUGAGCAGAGAGGCAGCUGCCUGCAUCACAGCUGUGGGACUGCAGUCCCAUUCCAGUGUUUCCAAAGGAACUUUCCCCAAGUGCCUACACCUGGCCCUUCUGCCUGGAGGCCAUUUCCUUCUGAGUAGGACCAAAAGAAGAGAAUUAUUCCUGUCCUGGUGCCCUCUUCUCCCUGUCUCAUCAGUCUGCGGGGAUGAGCAGACUUGUCCCUGGCUGCUUGCUGCUGCCAGCUCAAGUGAGUGCUCUUGCUCUACCAUGCCUUAUGCCACUUUGUGCCAUGCCACAGUGCUGCAUGCCCCUUCUGGUUCUUGUGUGCCCAGGUGGGAGUUUCUGCCCUGGCAAAGCUGUGCUCAGGUGUGGCUGUGAAGAAUGUAGGGGCAGUGAGUGUGGGGGGUGAGGGCCCAGACCUGCCUAGAACGGUACAACAUGCGCUGUGCCUAGCAGGGACUGUGACAGCUUGAAAUGCCUUCCCCACACAACAAGCCCAGGUUGCCUUGCCUCCCUGUACCUGAGCUGGGUGCUCACUGUGUGCCUUAGCCACACUUCCCUGAUCCCCUAGGGCAGCUGGUGUCUUGUUCCAGAGUAGGGGAGGCCAAGCUCAGCCUUGUCUUGGACUACUUCCAUUCUUGCAAACUCAAGACUCGAGCAAUAAUUGCAGCUAGAAUCACUUCCUGGGCUCUCCUCCUAGGGACCAGCCCUGCUCAGGCCCAGCAAGGGCACAGCAGAGGGUGGCUGUAGCACACCCUGCUGUGGUAUAACAGCAAGCACCUCUUGCCUCUGGAUCUGCUUGAGUGAAGAUACGCAGCAGGGUGGUGUAGCAGCUCUGCUGGGCCUGGUGCCCAUUGCUGGCUCUGGCUGUAACCAAAACAUUACUGAUGGCCUUGAGGAGGUGAGGGAGCCAGGCCCUGUCAGAUUGGGCUGCUCUUCUAUCACAAAUAAACAGACAGAAGGAGAAGUGACUCUGCCCUCUUGUUUUCCUGGCUUGCUGUGCUCAGAGGCCAACUCAGGUGCUUGGUCCUGCCUAGUGUGGUUGGAGAAGCCGCUGGAGUAGCAGGCUUUUGCACUGGGGGAGAGAUGAUAGCAGUGUGCUGAUGAAGCAGAUGGCAGAUUAUUUCAGAGCUUUGGUAGAGCAGUGCUGUGGGCAGGAAGCACGUAAGGCUCCUGUUGUGACAGUGACUCCACCCUGUGAAAGAAUGGCUGGGGUGGAGCAAGAGUGCAGGCUGGGAUGGGGGCCAGCUGCCUGGGAAGGGCUGCUGCUUUUCAGAAAUCCUGGGGAGCUGAGGUGUGGCAGAACAGGAAGUGGAGACCCUGGAAACCCAAGUGAUGGGAGAGUCGGUUGCUUUCUGUCUGCAUCUGGUGAAACAGCAGCAGCUGCUGCCACCUGUGAAUGCCCUGGUACAGAACAUAACUUGGGUUAAGUCAGAGGGAGGUUUGUGUUCCUGCUGCCUUGCUCUUGCGAUGAAGUAUGUUUUACCAGGCCGAGCUCUAUUGUCUUUACUACCUGAGACAGUCUGUCUGCCCUUCAGACAUGUUGGGGUGCAGUGCCUGCCUUGUGACCAGGGCCCUCCUAGGUGCUGAUUCAAGCCCAAGGAGAGCUGGAUAGCCUGUUGGGCUGCUUGACUGAGAGGAAUGCAUCAGACCAACAGGCCUCCAGAAGCUGAGUGGUGUAGGAGGGCUUUAGUGGAUCAGAGAAUCUCAGAAUUUGCGAAGACCUUUAGGUCUAUGGUUGAACUUCAUGAUCUUAACAUCUCUAUGGCCAUUAAACCAUGUCCUAAAGUGC